AUGGAAGAUAAUCGGUCCCUUCAGGCAUCAUAUUAAAAAUGUAAAGAGUCUUUAUAGGCACUUAAUUCUGAACUUGAAAAAAUAAUGAAUGAUCCCUAAGCUUUAUUAGAGACAGACAAAAUUAAGCACCAAAAACUAAUGACAAAAUAUAAGCAAAUCAAUGAUGAAAAUAAAAGACUUAGAUAGCAUUUAAAGUACAUAUGCUUGUGA